AUGGGCAACUGUGCCAGUGCCAAGGGCGGACGGUCCCCAUUUUCGCGACACUCGUCCGUGCUGCCCAAUCACGAGCAGCUGAUUAGGGCCUUCUCACAGCUGAUCGUCAAAAAGUACGCCUGGGUACUGUUCUCACACGGCACGGCAGUGGUCAUCGAGGAAUACUGCGACCAGCCGGAACGGUUGAAGCAUACCGCCGUGCAGACGCUGAGGGACAACUGUUGUGACCAGCCAGGUACCCCGUUGUCCGACUUUAACGCCACCUACCUGCCAAACCUCAGUGGCUGGCUGAUCACCUACCACUCGAACCAUAUCCGGACGUUCAUCCCCGACGAAGACAGCUACACGGACAGUCAAGAAAAUAACGCAAUGACCUUCGGCCUGCUCGGCCGUAUGCUCCGCAACAGGGACUGCGAGGAUGCUAAUGUCAUCUACAUUCACCUCCCUCGGCCAAAGUCCUGUCAUUCUUACUUACCCACGUACAGCAGCAAAGGAUGA